GCAUUUUCUCGUAUGAGAAGUAUCAUGGACCUCAACUACACACAUUCGCGGCUUGCUUCAUGAAUAACAAUUAUCUCAGCAUGAUUUGAUGAAGUGAUCACGAUAGACUGGUUUGUAGAUCUCCAAGAUAUGACAAUACCCCGUAUAUGAACUCAUAGCCUGCUUGAGACCAAGCUUUGUAUGGGUCAGAUAGGCCUACAUCAGCAUAACCAACAAAAUUGGGACUGCAACUGCUAGAAUAAAAUAAGGCCAUAUAGAUAGUCCCUUUUAGAAAUCGCAAUAUGUGUUUGAUCUGAUUCCAAUGUCUCCUAGUAGGAGCAAAACUAUACCUAGCUAACAAAUUAAUUGAAAAGGCUAUAUCCGGCCUUGUAGUGUUAGCAAAAUACAUCAAUGCACCAAUUGAACUAAGAUGUGGUACUUCAGGACCAAGAAUUUCCUCAUCCUUUUCUUGAGGUCGGAAUGGAUUCUUAUUCAUAUCAAGUGAUCGAUCAACCAUUACUUAAUGGAUGUGAUCUAUCCUUAUAAAAUCUUUAUAACACCUUUUCUGUAUAGGCAUUUUGAUAAACAAAUAUAUCAUUUGUCAAAUGUUCAAUUUGCAAACCAAGACAUAAUUUUGUCCUUUCAAGAUCUUUCAUCUUAAAUUCCUUCUUUAAACAAUUAAAUGCCUUCUGAAGCUCUAUUGGAGUUUUAAUCAGGUUCAUGUCUUUAACGUACACGGCAAGUACAACAAUCUUUGAUGUUGUUUUCUUUAUAAAAGCAAAUUGCAGUAUUUAUAUAACCUUCUUUAGAUAAAUACUCACUAAGACUAUUAUAUCACUUGCGCGUUCAGAUUGCUUCGAACCAUAUAAUAAUCUUUGCAAUCUAAUUGAAUACAAUUCCCGAGACUUUGAACUAUAUGCUUCAGGCAUUUUAUAUCAUUCGACAAUUUUCAUGUAUAUCUCAUGAGCAAGUGAUCCAUAAAGAUAGGAUGUAACCACAUCCAUAAAAUGCAUUUUAAGUUUCACAUGGAUAGUGAAACUAAUGCGAUAACGUAAUGUUAUUCCAUCCAUAUCUGGUAAGUGUGUCUCUUCAUAAUCGGCACCAGGCCUUUGUGAAAAUUCUUGUGCAACAAGACAUGUCUUAUACCUUUGUAUUUCAUUUUUCUCAUUUCUUUUUUGCAGAAUGACUCAUUUAGCCAAUGAGUUUAAUACCAUUUGGUGUUUGAACUAUAGGUCCGAAAACCUCACGCUUGACAAGUGAAUUCAACUCCGAUUGAAUUGCUUCUUGCCAUUUUAGCCAAUCAUUUCUUUGUCAACAUUCCGUGACAUAUUGAGGUUCACCUCACUAUCUUGCGUAAUGUUUGUUCCAAUAUUAUAUGCAAAGACAUAAUCCACCACUAUUUUCGAUUGAUUUAAAUUAGUUCUAACAUUAUUUGAAUUUAUGGAUUGUUCCUCAUUUUCUUGAGUCUCAGGCUCAUUGAUUCCUUCAGAAUAUCAAAGUUGCUCAAAUCUUGAACUUCCGUGUAAGAUUCUUUCACAGUGUCAUCUUGAACAUUUUUUUUUUUUUUUAGGAUUUGAUCCUUAGAACCCAAUGGUCUACCACACUUUAGGCGUGCUUGGACUCAUUUGCCAUGACACUAGUAGAUGGUCCUGCAUGGACCUCAAUCCGAAUUGGGACAUUCUCUGCAGGCCCUUGAUACCUUCAAUACUGCUGUUGUCUCUCCCAUAUACUAUGUUAUGUUCACAACACUAACAAUCGUUGCCAGUGUCAUCAUGUUUAAGGACUGGGAUGGCCAGAACGUUGGGAGCAUUAUAUCAGAAAUAUGUGGUUUCAUCGUUGUGCUCUCUGGAACCAUCUUGUUGCACGUUACCAAAGACAUGGAAAGAAGUUCAUCUUUCAGAGGUAAUUACACGCCUUCAUCCCCUACGUUAUCAACACGACUAUUUAAUUCAAACGGGGAAUCACAUAAGCAUGAACAAGAAGAUGAAUUGUGUUCUGAGGAAGCUGAUUCUAGAAGACAGGAUCUCCAGGUAUAAUAUGACAGCUUUAGAGAAGUCCAGGACUCUUUCUUAUUAUGGGCCACCAGAAACCAUGAUUCGCGGUUAGAAAGUUGAAGCGUGCAAUCGAUAAUCCUUUGGAAAACCUCCGAAGCUGCAACAUGUCAAUUUCGCUGUCUAUUGAUCUGAUUUUUAGCAUCAAGGUAAGGAUUCCACAGGAUGUUGGUGGAAAAUCAUCAAAAGUUGUCGCUGCUGAAACUGCACUGUUUGUCUAUAGUUAUAGGAGUUCCAAAUAUUGGUUUGUUGUACAUCAUUAAGCAUCAGAAUGUUGAGUUAGGGGCUUGAAAAAUAUCUAUAGUAGCAGAGCUGAGUGAUGAGGGUUUGAAUAGGAGUUCUCUGUUCAAAACAAGUGAUUUAUGGUAGUAGUUUUGCAGUGAUUAGGAGUGAUAUAGUAAUUCUUUUUAGUUUUCUUCUUUUCUCUGGAAAUGUUUUGUUUGUAUAGCAGUUUUUGAAGUAUUGGGUAAAGUCUUCUGUUUAUGUUUCAUUCUUUUAGUGAAUUUGAGAUCAGAGGAUGUUUGAUCGACUCCCAAUAACACUAUAAUUAUUUUUUUUGGGUGGUUUAUUUCAAGUGAUUUUUCAGUUA